AAAUGGCCCAACCCCCUACCAACACAGCUUCGCUGAUCGUUACGUUCUUAUUCCGCGCCAAAACCAAACCAAAAAUAACGACCACCAAUUAUCCAUUGUGUGGCAAAUAUUUUCAAAAACAAAAAGAAUUCAUUAAUUGUGGCAACGAGAGCACACAAAAUCCACAUCCCCUCAGAAACAAUGCAAAAGGAGAGACGCUUCCCGAAGCCGGGUGCUUGUCGUGGUGCGCCAUGUGGCAGCUAACCAAUCUUCAUCGUGUGGACGAAACAGAAUCUCCCCUGCCUUAAUCCAAUCCUCAGAAAAAUCAACCAAUUUCCCGAUCACCCAUACUGCCACUAUAAAGCUCCAUACUUUCUCCACCCUCAUCACUUGUUCUUCACCUCACUCUCCAACUAAUUCGCGCAAUUCCAACUCAUGGCCGCCGCCAUCUCCACCAUCGCCGCGGUCAACCGGGUUCCGUUGGCUCUGAACGGGUCGGGAGCCGGUCCAUCGGUGCCGACCUCGGCGUUCUUGGGGACGAGCUUGAAGAAAUUGGGGGGAGGAGUGCGGUUGUUCCCCAAGUCCGGGUUCAAGGUGGUCGCGGAGGCUGCCCCUGAAGACGUGGACGAGGAGAAGCAGACGGAAGGGGACCGAUGGGGACACCUGGUGACCGACAUGUCCGACGACCAGCAGGACAUCACCAGAGGGAAAGGUAUGGUCGACAGUUUGUUCCAGGCGCCGCAGAUGGCCGGAACUCACUACGCCGUCAUGAGCUCCUAUGACUACAUCAGCAAAGGCCUCCGAACGUACGUAAAUCUUCUUACUUUCACUUGCUCUGCCUUUUUUUGCUCUGUUUUCCGUUUUGUUCAUGGCUAAUCUAGGUAGAGUUGGUGUUUAUGCUAAUUGUCUAAAGCUGUAGGUUUAAGGUUCGAAUUUUGUAAAAAAUGUUGUCAAAUUUGGUAUCAGUAUGCCAUUGUUAGUUAUGAUAUAAGAAUCUAUGAUUGAAUCUCUUCCAACUGCUCGAGUUAUUGGGACCAAUUGAUUCUUGACAAACGGGCUGAUAGGUUCUUGACAGUUGACACACUUGAUGAUGGUGUGACUACUGAACCGAUUGAGCUGAGAAGUUAGUUUAACCGUGAUCGUUCGGAUUCACAAUUUGGCCACUGCAACCGAUAGUUGGUUGUGUUAUGUGUGGGCAGAUACGAUUUUGACAACACCAUGGGUGGUUUCUACAUUGCUCCUGCUUUCAUGGACAAAAUAGUCGUUCACAUCACCAAGAACUUCUUGAACCUCCCUAACAUUAAGGUUCCCCUGAUCUUGGGUGUAUGGGGAGGCAAAGGUCAAGGAAAAUCCUUCCAAGCGGAGCUCGUCUUCGCCAAGAUGGGAAUCAACCCAAUCAUGAUGAGCGCCGGAGAGCUGGAAAGCGGCAACGCCGGAGAGCCGGCGAAGCUGAUCAGGCAGAGGUACCGUGAGGCUGCUGACAUCAUCAAGAAGGGCAAGAUGUGCUGCCUCUUCAUCAACGAUCUCGACGCCGGCGCCGGUCGUAUGGGCGGGACGACGCAGUACACCGUCAACAACCAGAUGGUGAACGCCACCCUCAUGAACAUCGCCGACGCGCCCACCAACGUCCAGCUCCCCGGAAUGUACAACAAGGAAGAGAACGCCCGAGUUCCCAUCAUCGUCACCGGAAACGAUUUCUCCACCCUCUACGCCCCUCUUAUCCGUGACGGGCGUAUGGAGAAGUUCUACUGGGCUCCGACCAGGGAGGACCGAAUCGGAGUAUGCACCGGUAUCUUCAGGACGGACAAUGUCCCCAAGGACGACAUCGUCAAGCUCGUCGACUCCUUCCCCGGACAAUCCAUCGAUUUCUUCGGGGCGCUGAGGGCUAGGGUUUACGACGACGAGGUGAGGAAGUGGAUCUCCAGUGUCGGAGUGGAGACGAUCGGGAAGAAGCUGGUGAACUCCAAGGACCCUCCCCCGACGUUCGAGCAACCGAAGAUGACAUUGCAGAAGCUGAUGGAGUAUGGGAACAUGCUUGUGGCAGAGCAAGAGAAUGUGAAGAGGGUGCAGUUGGCUGACCAGUACUUGAACGAGGCUGCUCUUGGUGAUGCUAACAAGGAUGCCAUGGAGAGUGGAACUUUCUACGGUUAGAUUCUUCGACAUCCUGAAAAAAUGUAGAGGGAGGGGGCCUUCAAUUGGAGGGCAAGGAGCUCAACAGGGCAAUCUGCCAGUUCCUGAAGGCUGUACUGAUCCAAAUGCGGGUAACUUUGAUCCAACUGCAAGGAGUGAUGAUGGAAGCUGCCUUUACCAGUUCUAAAUUUGUGAAUUUCUAGGGUCGUUCUUCUGGUUUGCUGAGUGGAUUUGCAGAGAAUCAAGGGUUGUGUAAUAUCCCUUAAUAUGGACGGGUGUUUUUUUAUUUGACGAUGUUCGAGAAAACAAAUAUUAAUGUUGUUGAUGGUCUCUCUGUCUUCAAUGGUUUCCCUUUCUUUUGUCAUGGGAACAAUGGAUUGUUUUGCCCAUCAUCUAGGGGUGGGCAACGGGAAACGGGUAUUUGGGCAUACCCGUACCCGUCCCGUUUUUUGAGGGUUACGGGUACCCAAAUACCCGUAAUAUUUUUUACGGGAUGGGACUUGGGAUCGAGAAUCACUACUUUGGGUACCCGCGGGUUACCCGUCAAUACCCGUUUGGGUAUUACGGGUACCCGUUAUACCCAUUAGUCCAAAAUUAUUGCAAUAAUGUUGAGUGAUUUUGCUGUUGGUCGGCAGUACUUCAAGUAAUAAAACCAUAUUUGUUAGAAGCCCAAUCAACAAGGAACGAAGGC